UGUGCUUUUAGCUAGAGGCCCCUCAAGUUUUCACAUUUUUUUGCUCACUGAUUAGUCAUUUAAAGGUGCUGAAAGUGAAAACUGUCACCCUGGGAUUACCCCUCCGAUUCUUCCUACCACACGGAAGAGGUCUAAAUAUGGAAACCUCAUGCUGUCCUGCUGGUUCUUAUAAGUCGUGCAGGCAAAGCCUGUCUCGAAGUGGGCACGAGUGCUGCCAGCACGGCGGGGGCUGGGGUUGAGGUGACUGCUACAGGGAUGCAGGACUCUGAGGCCCGCUCUCUAGCCUCAAGCUGUGUUCAGUCAGGAGAGACAAAAAAGCCAUUUUCAAAAUGGAGAAUACAGAGCCGUCCCAGGCAGUCUGUGGGUCGUGAGGCCUAGGUUUGCGUGUAGUCAGAAAUGAAAUCCAUCAGUGCCGCCGACAGAGGGCCACGCUGGUGAUGGGUUUUGCUAAGAGCGGCCUCCAGAGCUUGGAGUGUCAGCUGUCGUGUCUGAACUGUAACCUCAGUUGCCUUCUCUCAUCAGAGCGUGCUUUCUCGAGGAAAUGAUGGCACUAGCUUGGCAGGUGGUUUUGCUGUUCAAGGGCUCCAGGUCUUGGCACAGAUGUCUGGAGUUGAAGUGGGAGCCGCGGCUGAGACUUGACGGGCCACCUGCUUCGCUUGCUCCCUCCCUUUACAGAGGAAGCACCUCACCGCCCACUACCGGGUUGGCUGCAGGAGGGAUGCUUGAAGAUGGAAAGAAAUUUGAUUCCUCCCGGGACAGAAACAAGCCCUUUAAGUUUAUGCUAGGCAAGCAGGAGGUGAUCCGAGGCUGGGAAGAAGGGGUUGCCCAGAUGAGUGUGGGUCAGAGAGCCAAACUGACCAUCUCCCCAGACUACGCCUACGGUGCUACUGGGCACCCAGGCAUCAUCCCGCCAAAUGCCACUCUCGUCUUUGACGUGGAGCUUCUGAAACUGGAAUGACAGGAAUGGCCUCCUCCAUGAGCUCCCCAUUCUUGGAUGUGCCGCAGAGGGAUGUGGCGCCCUCAGACGUGCGUGCAUACGCGAACCCGGACGGAGCUUUUCCUGAUGUUCCACUACACUCUUUGUCUAAACAUCGACCCCGACUGAAUGUGUUCUGUCACCCGGCUUUGCUCUUUCCCUUUUUCCUCGUAUGUGUGUUGACCUAAACUAUAUGCCAUAAACCUCAAGUUACUCAUUUUAUUUCAUUUUGUUUUGGGGUGAAGGUUCAGUUUCAAUCUUUUGGAUCUAGGUUUCCACUUAAGUAUUAGUCAAGUAUUAACAGCACAAGUAAUGAGUUAACUUUAGAAUAGGAAUUGGUGUCGGGGUGGGGGGGGAAUGCAAGAAUCUUUAUUUUAUUUUAUUUUUUUUUUUGGAUGAAAUUGUUAUCUAUUAUAUAUUAAACAUUCUUGCUGCUGCGCUGCAAAGCCAUAGCAGAUUUGAGGCGCUGUCGAGGGCCGAAUUACUCUCCCAGUUGAGAGAUGUCCUUGGGUUGUAUUAAAAGCCCGACCUAAAACAAGUGGUGGCCGGGGGGAGAGCUUUUGCCUCCACUGCCCUGCCCCAACCUCCCCUUAAACCCUCUGCCUUUUGAAAGCAAAUCGUUCUCACUGCGAUGUUGGACACUACAGGUAUCUGUCCCCAGGCCAGCAGGGACCUCCGAAGCCUUCUCCGUGGCCUGGCUUUUAUUUUAUUUUAUUUUUUUCUCUCCCCAUCCUGUGGUUUUUCUAAAGGAUAUUCAGGACUUUUGUAAUCUCAUAGCUGUCCAAGCUCCACUUCCCAAAUUUUAAGAACUUUAAUCGAAAGUUUAAAUUGAAGGUGCUGUUUGUAGACACUUAACACCCGAUGAAAGCCCAGCCGUCAUGACAAACCCUUGAGUGUUGUCUUGAGAAAAUGAUGCUGGUCAUCACAGCUUCAGCAUCUUCCGGUUUUUGAUGUUCGGCUCCCCCUGCUGAUAAUCAGAGUUUCCUGGCUUCCUCUCCUCCCCCUCUCACCCCUUUGCUGUCCUGUGUAGUGAUUUGGUGAGAGAAAUUAUUGCUGCCUACCCCCCCACCUCCACCUCCCCGCACUACGUAUGAGUUUCAAGUUUUAUUAUUGCAAUAAAAGUGCUUUAUGCUGGCUUUUCUCA